GAGGUGGAUACACCGAACCUCAUUUCUCUCUCUCUGAUUUUUGUUCUUUGCUCCUCUGCAAUGGCGUUCUCUGCAAUUCCUCGUUGUUGUCCCUCAACUCUACGCCUGCCGAGGAAUUCAAACUCUAUGCCCCAGCCCUCCACUUCGGUUUCUCUUCGAUCUUCAUCGUCGAAUCUCAGCUUUCCAAAGAGAUUCUCUAUUCGAUCAUCUUCUGUUUCAGCAACACCGACAACUGGGGGGCUUAUGCCUGCAAUUUCCCUUACAGAUAAUGCACUGAAGCACUUAAAUAAGAUGAGGUCUGAUCGGACAGAAGAUUUGUGCUUAAGAAUUGGUGUUAAACAGGGUGGAUGCUCUGGCAUGUCUUACACCAUGGAGUUUGAGGACAGAGCUAAGACAAGACCAGAUGAUUCCAUUAUUGAAUACAACGGUUUUGUGAUCGUUUGUGAUCCAAAGAGCCUUCUCUUCGUAUUUGGGAUGCAAUUAGACUUCAGCGACGCGCUCAUAGGUGGAGGCUUCUCUUUCAAGAACCCAAAUGCUACCCAAACCUGUGGCUGUGGUAAAUCCUUUGCUGCUGAAAUGUGAAAUCAUUGGAAAACCUAGACACAAAUGGUAGGAUUAAAUGUUUGUUAUCUCUCAGUUUGUGGAUUACUCUGCCAUCACAUAUAUAACACUAGCAUUGUUUUCCUGACAUAUUUGAAGGACUCAGAUUCCUGAUCUAUUCUAUUCUGUCAGCGUUUCUGGGUUUUU